AUGACAACCGCUAAGAAAACGACGCCCACCCUCACCGGCGUGCCAGAAACCCUGCUCGGCACAGUCAUGUCCAAGGCCGCUGAUGCCAUCAGCCCGUCUCCAAUCCUUCGGGAUACUUGGGCUGCAGAGAUCCUGACAAAGGUCGAUUACGAUUUCAGCCGGCUGGGAGUCAGUGGCUGGCUGCAGGCUUGGGCGGUCGUGCGUAGCCGCGACUUCGACCGCUGGACAUCGGAAUUUCUGGAUUUACACGCCCACUCGCCCAACGGCGCGACGGUGGUGCACCUUGCGUGCGGCUUGGACACUCGCGCGCUGCGCCUACGGCGGUACUUUUCUAGAAUGGCCCUGCGGUGGAUCGACAUCGACCUACCAGAUGUCGUUAAAAUGCGCCGCGAACUCGUUCCGGAUCCCCUCACCGACACCGAUAGCAAGCCGUGCGAAGGAAGCACCUACGAGCUCCGCGCCUCGUCGGCCACAGAACGCGGUUGGUACCUGGAUAUACCGGCUGACAGGCCGACUGUGAUUGUGAUUGAAGGUCUCAGCAUGUACUUGGCCGAAGAGGAAAUGCGAGGCUUGGUACGCGGGCUAGUGGACCACUUCGGACAGGGCCAUCAUGGCCACUUGAUAUUUGACGCAACCAAUUCCUUCGUCAUGGCAGCCCAGGGCUGGCUGAAUCCUGUUGCUAAGUCAGGCAGCAAGUUGAAUUGGUGGUGCGACAACCCUCUAUUGAUUGAGGCCUGGGCCGAGGACUUGACCUUGCGGGAGGAGCUACUGCUCAGCGGCCGGCCACUUAUGAAACAGUGGUCGUGGAAGGUUCGACUUCAGUACGCGAUAGCCGCUAGCUUGCCUUGGGUCUACCACUUUCAUCGUAUGAUGAGAUUUAGCUUCUAG